AUGAAAGAUCUUUUUCUUUACAUUGAAUCUCAAAUUUAAGGUGAUUAGAACCUUUAUUCUUUGUAUAAUGAUGUCUUUUUAUAAUACAACUUUUACAAUAGAUUAAAUUUACAUCAAUAAAUUAAUGAAUUAAUUAAUAAAUAAUCCAAUAAUCUCAAUUAAACAGGUCAAAUUCUCUAUAAAAUUAAUCAAAGUCUAAUUUAAUAAAAAUUAGUUAGUAAAUAGAAUCUAUAGAAAUAAUAAGAAAUACUGUUAUUUGAAGCAUUAUGUGGGAUAAUAUUUGAAACUACUGUAAUUGAAGCAUUUUAUUCAAGAAUAUUUUUCAGAUUAAAUUUAAGAAUUGUCAAGGAGAACGACAAAUAACAUUUAUAAAGAAUUCUUGAUAACUAUUAUUAGACAGUAAGAAUAUUUUUGUAGAAAAUCUAUAAUCUAGAUUAAUUAGUCAUGAUUAGUGAAUCAUUAUUAUAAUUGAAAAAUCACACUGCAAAAGUAUUUUAGAAAAUAAAAGAGAACUAAUUGGAUGAAAACGAUUAUUUAUUCCCAAUAUUUCAAAUAAUCUUAUAGGGUAAAGUAAUUAAUCCAUUUCUAUUUUUAGGAUCAAUCAUAAGUUGUAGAAUGCUUUUAGAAUUACUUAAAUACCUUUACAAACUUAUUUUUAGAGAAAAUUAAUUUAGAUAUCAUUCACAAAUCAAUAUAAUCAUCAUAGGUUCAAAUUCAAUAGAAAAUAUAUUAGUAUUCUCCAAAAGAUUACAUAAGACAAAAAUAAAAAUUAACAAUUCCUAAAUUCUUGAAAAAUUAGCCAAUUCCUAAAGGAUACGAGAUUUAAAGGAGUGAUCUUUACCCUGCAGUGAUAUUUGGGUUAGAUCUCAUAACUAAAAUGCAAAGAUCAGUAGAUUAAGUUAUUUUUAGAUAAUUGGCUGGAGAAACACUUAGAGAAAUCAAUUCUCAAUUGAAGCUGGUGGCAGAAUAAUUUGACGUAUUUAUUUAUGGUAUUUUAGGUAAAAUUUGAUAGUUACAUAUUUUACUUAAAGAAUAUCAUCUAUUUGUGUGAUGGUUUGGCAUAAUUAGGCGGAGACUAUAUAGUAAAAGAAAGUGAACUUGAUUUUAGUGAAACAAAGGCAGUUCUGCUUUAAUUAAUUACAGGAUAAUUAAGACCAGAAAUUUAGUGGGUUGAAUUAACUUCGCCUGAAAAAUUAUGGACUUACAUAACUAACUUCUUUUAAUUUGUCUAUAAAGGGAUGCCUAAAAUAAAUUAAUAUGAGGUUGAUUGGAAGAAUAAUCUUAUGAAUUAAAAGAAUCUGAUGCACUUUUAAUUUGUUAAAGACAUGACUUUUAUAGUUGCGAAAACAUUAAUUUAAUUUAUUAGAAUUUAUUAAUAUUUAUAACAUAAAUUAGUAGAAGGUAACUAUUCAUAUUAUAAUUGAUAGAAAAGGAUGAAUAGAAAUUAGGAUAGGCAUAAAAGGAUUUUAAUUUACUAAUAUCACAAGGUUAAAUUAAAAGGUCUUAUUCGCUAUUUUAUGAAAACAUAAUUGAUUUCAUUUAGGAGAUAAAUCUUAAGCUCAAUAACUAUCUAGAUAAAAGCACGUUUGAUUAAAUAUAAGUAGAAUUUAACGUUUAUUUUAGAUUUACAUUACAGAAAUUAUCUAAAAUUCCUUAUUAUUGCUAAGUUAAUUUUAUAUCUUUGUCUCUAAACAUUAUGGAGGAGAAGAAUAUGAAAAUUUUUUAUUUAAUUCAUCGGAUGAGAUAAUAAAAUAAAUAAAAAUUGAAUAUUUGGAUUGA